GAAAGACAAGUUGCCUUGACCACCGACGCCUGCGUGCAUCUCCUGUUCCUCGCAGAUCCGAACUUUGCUCCCCGUUGGGCAGUCUCCUGUUUCAAUUUCUUACUGCCAGCAUUCCCAUCUCCGGGGGGCUGGACACUCGUCUAUCUUCCAUCCGUUCCAUUUCCGCCGCUGGUGGGCGGCGCAAUAUCAUCUAAUCACCAUCACUUCUCUCCCUAUCGUCCUCCUGCUCGGCCUCUGAGCAAACCUUUUAAUACCCCUCUGUCCCUCCUUCAUACUUCACGGCUGGCCCGCUUUCGUCUUCUAACAGUACUGCUGCAUUACACUGUCUUUACCUCCAGCUGCAUUUAGCAUUCCUUAUCUCAUGGCCGCGGUGAACCUCCAGCUCAUGGCCGCAAACGUUCCCUUCGAUCUCAUAUCCUCCAGUCAUCCUCACUCGCGGUCCAACUCUGUGUCGUCAUCGUCGUCCGCGAACUCGCCGGCCUCUCGUCCCCAGUCUUCCCAGGGUGGCUUUUUGCGCACAUCGGCUGUGAUGCCGCCAACCUCCGAAGACCUAUACCGCGCUUCUUUCCAUACCACCAACUCGUUUGCUGGCGAUCACGUCCGCAACACCUCGGACGCUUCCCACUCUUCCGCCUACUCUCUGGGCUCUGACCUCAUCACCCCCGGCGACUCUCCCCCUAACCACAACCUCUCCAACCCCUCUCUCAAGGCCCAUCUCCGACCCACCCAUAUUCGGGCUCGUGUGGCUGCAUCACCAUACCCCCGGGAUUGCGAGAGCGUGCAUUCAUCUUCCAGCGAGACCGAAGACAUCUCUCUGUACCUCGGCUCGAACACUGCCGACUAUCAUUCGAUGUAUGGUGGCCAGCAAGUCAUGGGUGCCGAGACGAUGCACACUGCUGGAGCGUUCGGACGGAUGUCCAUUAGCCCCGAUCAUGCGCUGGAAAGGCUGGCGGCCAACGUCCGCGCUGCGACGACGACGAGUGCUUCCGAUAGGGCGAAACAGAUCUUUGUGCAGGCAUGGUUGACCGCGAACUACUCUCCGUAUCCGGAUGGGAAUGUUCCUCGUCAAGGCCUCUACUUCUCCUACCGACGUGUCUGUGAGCAGUACGGUAUCCCGCAUAUCAACACCGCAACUCUUGGGAAGGCCAUCAGGCUGUGCUUCCCCACAAUCAAAACGAGACGUCUAGGCGUCAGAGGAAACAGUAAAUACCAUUAUUGCGGCAUACGCCCUGCAACAUCCGCCGAGGCCGAGUUUUUGCAGGAUUACAUACGGAAGUCGAAUAACACAGCGGCCCAGCAAUCGGUCAACGCGGCACGUCUUGCCAGCGAACAGGCGGAAGCAUCGAACAGGGGCGGAUCCGAUGACGAGGACGAGGACGAAUCUGAAGGGCCGAGCUCAGGGAACGCGUCGAAGCGCAACUCAUUGAACUUGAGCAAUAGCGCGAAGAACGCAGCUCUGUUUGCUGACGAGAAGACUCCGACUGCAAGUAGUUUGCUUGCGUUGGCGCAACAGCGACCACAAGCUGGCACAUACCCAUCCCAAGCGUCUAUCCGUCGCCACCCUGGCCAGACCGAUGCGACUCUUGUAAUCCCGAGUCCAUCCCCAACGGACAUUGGCGGUUCGAUUGCUCUCAUGUCUCCUUCUGCUCCGAUCUCUGUGAGACAGAUGCAUCACUUCCCAUCUAUCGAGGAGGCUGUGGGAGGCUCCUCGACGUCCCCUCACAGCAUCGCCGCCCGCGAAGUGUGGCGGUGGUUCCAAGAUCAUUUGGAUGCCUUGUUGGAGAGUAUCAGAUCGUACCGCUUUGAUCAAUUUGAGCUUCAUAUCCGUACCUUCUGGUCGAACCUCAACGGUAGCCAUCGUGAGGUGGUUCAUGCUCCUGCAGUCGCGGGCUUGAUGGCCAAGGCAGACGCUAUUGUCUACGAUGAAAUUCUUGAGCUUCUUCGCUCACAGAUGUUGUCGCCUAUACCAGCAGCCUCUCUGGGAGGUCUUCGUCAACUCGCAGACAAGAUGGAGAAGAUCUUGCUCGUCGCACUCGAGGGUUAUGGUAACACGUUUGUAGAGCCGAAAGUUGAGCUGGGAGCUCGGUUUGGCCAUCUUGUCUUACGAUUCCUUGAUAUAUAUCAAGUUACACAGGCAUUAAGCACCGUACUCACCAAUCCGAAGCAGCUCAGUGACAUGCGUCGAUCUUGGCAGAAGAUUGAUUUCGAGUCGGUUCGCAACCAAUCCGCGUUGGUGUGCAACUGUCGCCAUGAGGACCUUGUACAGCUUUUGGAGGUCGAGUUCGUUUCGCUUCUCGAUGGGUUGACGAAAAGUAACGAUCCCGUGCGAGAUGUCAUGGCCUGGGCGGAUAAAUGCUGCGAACGGUUGAUGGGUCCGCGCAAUGGCGAUGACCGUGCCGCGAUGAGCUCAAGGAGUGUCUUGAUUCGCUGGGGCUAUGUAACGAGCCAAGUUAUGAGAGAUCUGACUAUCCGGAGCGAUCCGGCAUUUGGGGCUUUCCAGAUACUUAAACUGUUCUUGGAUGACUGGAUUGCUCUCAAUGUUCUCCGAAACGUUGCUCUGUCCACCAAUUCGGUCGCAGCGUCGGUCGAACCUGUGAUGCAGCAGCAGUUCUUCACUCUUUCUCCAAUGGCUGGUCAAGAGAACUUCGGGCAUCCUCUCGAGGUUCCUCAUUCUAUAUUGGCUCAAACGCCGACGACGUCGAGCAUGCUGGCUGUUCUCCAGCAAGAUACCUUUGGUACUGGCCCUGGACCUCUCGAUCCAACGUCUACAUUUGCAACAGACGCAUUCGGGUCAUUGUCAUAUAUGGACACCACUUCGGCUCAUGAUGAGUCGCUGUCCGUUCAUUCGGCGACAUUAUCCUUCCAGGACUAUGUGUCUGGCUCGACUGCGUUCGAGACAGCCGCAUUCACUCCGCAGGAGAUCGGCCUUUCUAGCGCGUCAGGAACGCCCCCUUCGACCAACAGCGAAACGGGUAACUCACCGGAACCUGUGAAGACGGAGACUUCAGUCUAGUCCCGAUACUCCUUUUAUCCUCUGCCGCCUUAGUGACAAUCAUGGGACCCUACCUUACGCUCGUCGCUGCCCUAUUAAUCAUUUACUCCGGUGUCAUGCUCUCUGGCUUGCAUUAAUUAUUGUUGACUCAUUGCCUGCUUGCUGUACUGACCGUCUGUUUGGCGAAUUGACACUACUCC